CCACCACGGGUAUCGAAACCCGGAUUCUACCGUUGUAAGUCCGCAGACAUGCCGCUGUGCCACUGAGGGACCCUUCUUGCUCAUGAAAGACAUCUGUUCAGAAUUAGCAAGACAUCGACAUCACACUAUAGCUCCACAACCAGUCUCUGCUACAAGUCGUUCUUCUCCUUGUUUCAACUCUUUGCCGUCUGAACCAUCCGAUUUGACAACGAAACGAAACACGUCUGAGAAAAAAUUUUCCGAAGGUCUUCGGUCGCAUGUGCUUUCCACGAGCACGGACCUGAGAAUUAGGGUUAGCCCGACUAUGGGUAUUUCUGAGAAGCCCGAAAGCCGGUGUAUUAGUGAAGGAGCUGGUACUGUAGAAGGCUCUCCUGGCGAAGCCCCGCUGUCCGUAAUGAGGCUCGUAGGUCAGUCUUCGCCCUUGCCGGCUACGAAAGGCAGUCCUACCCUAAAAGAAGAGCCCAGUUCUACAGCACUGAAUCUAGCACCAUCAACUGACGAUCUAAAUAGCUCCUGUUAUCAACAAGACUCAGAUGAACCUGAAGACAAAGGGGGUCAGGGAGGGGAUUAUGGAGACACUAACCGAGGUCCAGAUACAAUCGCGAUUGAAGAAUUUCCUAAACGCAAACAGCGACGAUACCGUACGACGUUCACUAGUUUUCAACUAGAGGAACUGGAAAAAGCUUUUUCUCGAACGCAUUAUCCUGAUGUUUUUACAAGGGAAGAAUUAGCCAUAAGAGUAGACCUCACGGAGGCCCGCGUACAGGUCUGGUUCCAGAACCGAAGGGCUAAAUGGAGAAAACAGGAGAAAGCUGCAGGAAAUGUCACGCAAGCCCAGGGGUAUAACCCGUACACCUUGCCACCGCCAUCUACCACAGCAACGACAGUGCUCGGACCACCAAAUCCUUUUACUUCGCUCAACUUUCCCAGGAAACCAUAUGAUCCUGCACUUUUCAGUGCCGCCUCGCGACUCCCUCCUUCAUAUUUACCAUCUGCAGCCACAGGUCUGUUGCCACCAGCAGGAGCCUAUCUAGGACCGUCGGCAUAUGCCUUGCGCGACCUCGCUUCUUACCCAAGUUCCCUCCUACCCGCAACAAUGUCAGCUCCAUUUUCAUCUCCGUAUCCAACCACCUCGUUCCAAACAUUACUGGCCAAUUUAUCGGCUCAAAGCAGACCAAAGUUGCCAGGAGAGGCCACCAGCGAACAUUAUGCAGGGCUUCUCAAUCACUUGCCUUCGGUCUCAUCGGCCACGGGCAUUCUACCCGGUCCCUUGGAAUUUGACCGUCGGAGCUCCAGUAUAGCAGCUCUUCGCAUGAAAGCAAGAGAGCAUGAGAUCCGUAUGGAAAUUAUUCGGAAAGCAAACGGUGAAUUUAUCAGUUGAAGAAAUCAACAAGUUCUUUUUUUUCAUUGAAAACGCAGUUCCUGACGGAAAGAAAAAGUUUCAAACCAAAGCUACAGGCCGUUUCUUGUGGAAGUUCUUGAAAACUGAGAACGUCUUUACAACCAACGUCGAUAUUUCGUACUUUCAGACUGUGAUUUUUAUGGCCUUUUAUGCAUUUAGUUUCCGUCCAAUAGAGUGAAAUACACAACAGAGUUGUAAAAAUUCAUGGCCUUAACGUUUUUGCACAUAGCAUGAAAUGUUCACUCUAGUGUAUAAUCCACAGUCUUAUUGAAUAUUAAAUAGACUAACAACAGCACCGGUUACAUUCACCUUGAAAAAAUAAUUACUUAGUAUGGUCAGAUACUGUGGUUUACUGGUGCACCUUUUCUCACGCUUUCCUAAUGCAUUAUUUUAACUUUCGAACAUUUUGAAUUUUUUAAAAAAGAAUAAUUCAAUUAAACGAUAUCGGGAUCCUAGUUCUCUAUUACACCAAGAAGUCCUUUUGUAGUUGCCUUCUUCCACUGAUAUAAAGUCCAGGAUAGCUCGUAUUUUUUUGUGAUCUUUUUGGGAAAAAGUGAUGCUAUAGAGUCUCUUGUUUGUUGGUACUUUAUUUAUUACAGCUGUGCGAUUUGAACAAUUUUACGCUGAGGGUUUUUCAGUUUAAAAUAAAACAUUCCGUCGAUAACCGAGUCAAUGCUAUGAUGUCUGUAUGGAAGGGUUGUAAAUUUGUAAACGCUAUAUUUGGUGGCUGGUCGUGUAACACAGACACCAGAAACAUACGUGGAAAAACUUUUAUAUGCUUAUUGUUAUACGUGUUUUCUGUGUCUACGAGCAGACUUUAGCACUUAUAUAAAAAAAAUUAAAUAAAAUCACAUUUGGAAAACUAAUUAGCACUUAUAUUUUUAAAAGUAAGAUCACAUUUGGAAAAGUAAUCCAGUAACAACAAAAACUGAACUUUGACUCCUUAUAAUGAUGUAUUUUGGCAAAUAAACAUUAAAAAUCUUUAACAUAAUUAAAUUUCUAUUUAUUAAACUCGUAGGUGAUGCAAGAUGUUUGUAGAAUGACUUUAAAUACACGACAAAAAGACCGUCCAUUGUUUGUUUGGUUUGAUGGACAACAUAACGCCAGCAACCUUUCGGUUACUUCUAUAAAUAGUUACUAAAAGGUCCAUAAUGUAAAAUCAUGAUCUGACCGUAUUAGAUGUCCUGGUUUGAAGAUGGCAUUUGUAAUAAAGGCAGUUAUGUGGUUC